UGGGUUGUUUGUUGUUGAUAGCGCCGGGUGCGUGUGUGUAUGUGUGCCUGUGUGUGUGCGUGUGUGUGUGUGUGUGUGUGUGCGCGUGCGUGUGUGUGUGUGUGUGGAGGGGCAGCGUGCAGGUUUGAGUAGACUUUGCUGGGGGAGGAAUUAUGCUGACUUCAGGUAUUUCCAGGAGACUUGUUAUGGACCAUCUGCUCUUGGUGGCUUAAAGGAAACCCGUCUCUUUCAGUUCGGAGAGGAGGGAGCUCAGGCAUUCGCUGGAGUCCGCAGGAAAAAAAAGUAGAUUUGUUUGACUGUAUGUAAUCGCAGGGGAUCGCCGCAUGCUCAAAGUAUUUCCUGUUUCAGUGUCUCUGCUGCAGUUUCUUUCAAAGUGUCUGCUGCCAUUUUGCAUUAAACUGCUCAGAAGUUUAGAUGUUACAUGCUGGUUGAUUAUGCAUUCUUUUUCCUGUGUCUGUUUAAAGCAACAAGCUACAAAGUAGUGAUAUAUUUUCUGCUGAAUGUCAGAGUUUUGGAGGAAAAUAUGUCUUUUAGUGUAGUUGUUGCUGAUUUAUGCAACGCCGAUAAGCUUAUCUCAUGCUCUGAAUUCCGGGAAGAAAUGGUAUAAGCAUGUAAAUAUUAUCCUUCACCCUGGCUUGUGUCGAAACGGAAAUGUGGUGCCUGUCUUUUUAAGAAUAUGCAAAUGGCGAGAACGAACCCAGUGAACCUGCAUGGCGUAUGCGCACUGCCAGAGCUGUGGGUCAAGGCUAGCAGCACAAACACGGCCAGGCUUUUAGUCCUGCCUGGCUCUUUUAAGCCUAAUAUUUUGCCAAUUAAUAAACAGUUAUUACUGAAAUAACAGAAUUUGAAGACAAAAAAAGAUUUUUGUCAGUGCUGUGAGAAAGCACGUGUAAUAAGAGCAUGUGUUUGAAAGAACUUCUUUAGAAGAGUUUGGUUUGGUUUCUUUUUGCAUGGUUGACCUCUGUAAGGCUCCUAAUUGCUGGAGCUCUUUAAAGGACUUUCCUCAAUGGAGGCCAGAUGCAUCCUCUGUCCUGUGCUCUCCAGAGGCCAAGAAGUGAGGGUGCAUUGUUCAGCUCCUCACAGAGGUCACGUCAAAAUAAAUGCGAUUGUCACAUGACGAUGAUGAUGGCAAUUCAUACUCCACAGGAAUGUCACAUUUCAAUUUCACGCUGCCAGAGGAAGCAUUGAACAGUUCUCUCAAUGGCAUCUUCUUUGUAUUGUACUAAGCUUUUACAUAGACGACCUGUUUGGUGUGUGUAAUCACUGGUGUUUACUCACUAAUUUUGUCAUUUUGAAAAUGCACUGCGAAAAAAAUGCCGGCUGUAAUUCAAAUCAUAGGUUUAUAUUAAUGCGCUCAUUGUAAUACGUUAUCGUUUCUGUAGUAACAGCUCAUUCACAGGGGCUCGUAUGCUGUUGGAUCUACAUAAUCUAAGGCUAAUAAUAAACAGAUUAAAAAUAUUUAUUUAACAAAGAAACCUGUAUGAUCGUUAAUAUGAUGACGUUUUCUGUAAGGAGAAAUUUAUUUUAAAAAUAAGGAAUCGCCAGUGUGAGCCCUUUGUAGCGGUUCACAAGUUUUCAGCCACGGGAAAGUAGAUAGAGGACUUUGUGCUUUCUGGUUUCUCAGUAACGUGACAAGCUUAGUUUCUUUUCAGCUUACUAACCUCAACACUGGUGAGGGAAGGACUGCUUAUGGCUGCUGUUAAUGUAAAUGAUAUCAGGAACUAACUCGUUUUGCAGAUGCUCAACAGCAUUAAAUGUAACUCUAAACGGUUAAAGGUACAACGUGUUCAAUAAUAAAUUAAAAUUGUUGACAAUUUGGUGCAGAUAAGACAAAGCUUUGCGUUGGGCUGCGUCACACCACUCAGGCGUUGAUUAUUAUCCUAUAACAGCAUGCCACAUCAUGUUUUAGUAUCAUGUUUUAUUCUUACUUUUGAGAUUGCAAUAAAACAAAUGCAAGAUUAUUAAGCCGAUUUCUAGACAUUUUUACUGACUUUUUUUACACACGAGAUAAUGCUUAUUUCUAGAAAGAAAUGAAAUUAUCCGCAAAUAGAAUGAGACAAUUAAAUUUAUUGAAUUUUGUGUGUGUGGCUUGUUUUAAGUCAUGAUUAUAGAGAAAUCAGGUGCUUGAACUAUCCCAGCAUAAUAUGUGUAGUAUGUAAUUGAUAAUUAGGUUGUGUGCUUGGAUAUUCAAGAACAGAGCCAGAUAUGGCAUUUUUCUAGACAAGAUCACCAGUGAAAGUGAUUGGUUAUGUCUCGUAUCUCGUUUUAGUGACGCCGACUGUGUGCAGAAAUGUUUGCUCGUUUUGUUUUGUCAUAACCAUUUAAGACAUCAACCAUAAAUAACCAUUCACCAUGAUUUUCUGUAACCUCAGUUAUAUGAUUAUCUACUGUCUAUAGUAGAAACCGAUUGUGGCCUCCGCUGUGACCUCUGUAAUGUGCCUGAAGAGAGUGGAACCUCAAAGUGUAGGUCACUUCACUUCCUUCCUUAAUCUAUUUGUCGUUAUUAAAAUCUAUUGUACACUGCACUCAUAUUACUUUGGAGACACACCAUGAAAUUAUAAAGAUAGCGUUCAUUCAGGGUGUGCGUUCGUACGUGGGUGUGUGUGUGGUAUUGCCUCAGGGAUGUUCUUUUCAUACAGAGAGCAGGCUGGGCUCCAUUAUCAGAACUGAUUGCCCCUGUUGCCUUCUAGGCCCUUUAAUCACUGGUGUUGGCCCGUGAGCACAAAGAGACAAGACACUGCAUUAUGAUUUGAACAAGUCUCCACCAUGUGUUUGAGUGCAGUAUGGAAAAAAGUUUCGCUUUUCCCUUUUUUCAUCAGACAGCAGCCUGUCUGUGCUUUGUCCUGUUACUAAUUUGUCCUGUAAACUAAAGCUAAUUUGGAUUGACCAGUGCUUUUUUUUUUGUGCUUAGAUUUUUUUUUGCAUUUGUUUAUUUCGUUUGUGAGGUCAGUAGUGCUUACUAGCUGAUCCAGCAAUACAGACGAUUCCUUGGUUUGCUUUCUGCCUCGCACACGACCUGUGGCACAGAUGCCUUGGUCUUGCCAAAGCUGUCAGUGUGUGUGUGUGUGCGUGUGUGUGUGUAUGACUGAUAAAGACUGUACUGUACUGUACUUCCAUAACCCUCCACCCUCCAUGCCUCCCCUCCUCUUCUCCUGUGAUUUGGAGAGUCAAACUCUUCCCGCAGUGAGGCCCCUGAGAAGGGGGCAUUUACAACUGGGAAAACGUCCAGAAACAAACCCCGACUUCUUAUAGCCACCUCAGUCUUCUUUACUUCCCAGUGCUGUGAGCAGGGGGUGUUGGGGGAGUUAGUUUUCAAUUGAUUUUCUAGAUAAAUAACCCCUUCCUUUCCCCUGCUGGAGAAAGUGGGCAAGAUAAGAUUCUUCUCCCUACAUUGCAGAAUUCCCCUAUGCCUUUAUUUUUAGGGCAGCAGGCAGCAAAAUGGUGUUGUUUUCCCAAUGUAAGACUUUCUAUGCCAAGUGCACUCAGUCUGCGUUAUUUCCUCCUUAUAGGUGUGGUUUAUUGUAUCACAUAUAAAUUCUCUACAUUCUAAACAGUAAUGAACAAUCUAGGAGGGUCAAUCAGUACAUGGAGCCCUGGCAAAUAUUUGGCUUAGAUAAAGGCUUAGACUGCAGAUUCUUUUUAAUACGUUCACGUGUGUCUACCUGACUUGAAUCACCUGGAAUUUUUAGGGACACAAUACCAACAUACAUGUGCACGUACAGACAAAGCCACUCACAAAGACCUACAGUCUCUGUUGAGGGCCUGCCAAACAUUGUAGAGCAUAUGGCCUAGUGCUUUGAAGCAGCCAGGGAAGCUAUACAGAUAUUUAUAAACUAAAGUGGAGGCCACAUGUUUCUACUCUACAUCAUCACCCCCUCUCUUCUUCUUCUUCUUCUUCUUCUUCUUCUUCUUCUCUCUCUCUCUCUGACACCCAUACUACUACCAAUUAAAAGUUUGGACACGCUAGAUUAAGUAUAUUUUUAUUGUCUUUAGGACAAUCUGAUGAAGGGCAGUGGUUGAAAUUGGUUUCUAAGACAAAAGUACAUAGUGAAGUUAAGGCCAAGGAGUAGUUUUGACAUUAAAAUUAAAUUGUCUUUCUAAGCAAGUAGUUUUUAUGUAGAAUUUACCAGAAGCAGCCAACAAGUGCUUGUCCUGCCAACUUUUAAAAAAAGCCCCCUUGGUGAAGCUCCUGCAUGAAGCCAGUUAAGAAGAUGCCAAGAGUGUGCAAAGCUUCAUCAGGAAAACUGAUUCAAAUAUAAAAUAGGUUUGAUUUUUUUUUAAACAUAUUUUUUGGUCACUGUUUUAUUCCACAUGUGUUAUUCUUGUUUGUCUUGGCUCAGUGGUUAAGGCAUUGGACUACUGAUCAGAAGGUUAUGAGCUCAAAUCCCAGCUCUACCAAGCUGCCACUGCUGUGCCCUUGAGCAAGGCCUUUAACCCUCAACUGCUCAGUUGUAUAAAUGAGAUAAAGGUAAUUCUGGAUAAGGAUGUCUGCUAAAUGCUGUAAAUGUUACUGUUAUUCUAAAAUAGUAAAAGUAGUGAAAAUUAAGGUGCAGGUGUGUCCAAACAUUUGACUGGGAGUGUAUAAACUCAGUGCUCCUGGAUUCACUCCCCCUUGUGGAUCUGUGUGAUUGUACAGUCAACCCCAAAACCCCCCAAAAAACCCUUAUAAAUUAGUGUCUAGAAAUGCUUAUAGGGAAAAUGCCUAUUUAUAUUGUACUUUUUUUAAGUUCACUUGGGUGUUUUGAUUAGACACUCAUGAGCGUUCAUCUGUGACUUCCUGUUUCUCUGGGGUGUAAGUAUGAUGUAAUACAUCAUUCAUCAACAUUGAGAAGAUUUCACAAAUGAAUGAGAAUUUUAAUGAGACAAAAGUGUGUUAACCUUCAUAUAUCAGGCAAUGGCUUUUAAAAAUACAGUAGCUACACACCUUCAAAAAGCCCAUAUCCGCUGUUGGGCAGUAAUUAAGAAGUUUAAAACAACCGGAGCUGUAAUGAACCUGCCUGGAAAAGGAUGCAAGAGUAUUUUUUCCCCAUGCACAAUUAGUAGGAGUUUAGAGAAGCAAAAAUUUCUCCAAGCAUCACAGUUGGAGAUUUACAGAAGCAUUUUGGGGUCACUAAGUCUCCAAAUCUACAAUUAUACACCACCUCCAUGCUAACAAACAAUAUGGAAGGCGUGCCAGAAGAAAGCCUUUUCAUUCUAACCACAAAUGUAAGCACCUGGAGUUUACUAGACACUACUGGAACUUUUACUGGAACUGGGUUCUGUGGUCAGAAGAGACAAAAAUAGAGCAUCUUGGCAACAAACACUCAAGGCAGAGAAGAAGGCCAAACUGGUUUCCAUAAUGAACUCGAUGGAGGAGCAUGGAGAGGUGGAGGCCAAGCCUCAGAUGGCCUAUGGCACCAUCAACAGCCCACUGACCACUGCACCACCACCACCACCACCAACACAACAACACCAACUAACCCAGGCUCUUCCCAAAGCUCAACCACAACCACAAAUACAGCCUGCACCCCAGCAACAGCCUCCAGCCCAGCAGCAACAGCAACAGCCUACAGACCCAGCAUCCCCUACAGUGGCCACCACGCCAGAGCCAGUGCCUAUAGGGGACGGAGAUAAGACCUCACCAAAGUCCACCGACACAGAAGCUGAGUAUGAGGAUGGCAGAGGCUUUGGCAUUGGCGAGCUGGUGUGGGGGAAACUGCGUGGUUUCUCUUGGUGGCCUGGACGCAUCGUCUCCUGGUGGAUGACCGGACGAAGCCGAGCUGCCGAGGGAACCAGAUGGGUCAUGUGGUUUGGUGAUGGCAAAUUCUCUGUGGUCUGUGUCGAGAAGUUGUUGCCUUUGAGUUCCUUCUGCAGUGCUUUCCACCAGCCAACUUACAACAAACAGCCAAUGUACAAGAAAGCCAUCUAUGAGGUGCUACAGGUAGCCAGCAGUAGAGCAGGAAAAGUGUUCCUCACCUGCCCUGAGAGUGACGACACCGACACCUGUAAGUCGGUGGACAUGCAGAACAAGCAGAUGAUUGAAUGGGCCAUGACAGGAUUCCAGCCCACUGGCCCCAAGGGCCUGGAGCCUCCAGAAGAGGAGCGCAACCCAUAUAAGGAAGUGUACCCGGAAAUGUGGGUGGAGCCUGAAGCCGCAGCCUAUGCACCCCCACCUGCCAAAAGGCCUCGUAAAAGCACAGGCACGGAGAAGCCCAAGGUGAAAGACAUUGUCGAUGAGAGAACCCGAGAGAGGCUUGUGUACGAAGUGCGGCAGAAGUGCAGGAAUAUUGAAGACAUUUGCAUCUCCUGUGGAACCCUGAAUGUUUCCCUUGAGCACCCACUCUUCAGUGGAGGAAUGUGCCAAAGCUGUAAGAACUGCUUCUUGGAGUGUGCGUACCAGUAUGAUGAUGACGGAUACCAGUCUUACUGCACAAUCUGCUGUGGAGGGAGGGAGGUGCUCAUGUGUGGAAACAAUAACUGCUGCAGGUGUUUCUGUGUAGAGUGUGUGGAUCUGCUAGUUGGGCCGGGUGCAGCACAAGCUGCUAUAAAGGAGGACCCUUGGAAUUGCUAUAUGUGUGGUCAGAAGCCUCAGUACGGGUUGCUGGAACGCCGGGCUGACUGGCCCAGUCGCCUACAACACUUCUUUGCCAACAACCACGACCAGGACUUUGAACCUCCAAAGCUCUACCCUCCUGUUUUGGCAGAGAAGAGAAAGCCCAUUCGUGUGUUAUCACUCUUUGACGGAAUCGCUACAGGGCUGCUGGUGCUAAAGGAGCUAGGCAUUCAGGUGGAGCGCUAUGUAGCCUCUGAGAUAUGUGAGGACUCCAUCACUGUCGGUAUCGUACGGCACCAUGGGCGCAUCAUGUAUGUUGGUGACGUGAGGAAUGUCACCCGCAAACAUAUACAAGAGUGGGGACCUUUUGAUCUCGUCAUUGGAGGAAGCCCCUGUAAUGAUCUGUCUAUAGUUAAUCCAGCACGGAAAGGUCUCUACGAGGGCACGGGGCGGCUGUUCUUUGAGUUUUACCGGCUUUUACAUGAAGCUCGUCCUAAGGAAGGAGACAACAGGCCUUUCUUCUGGCUUUUCGAAAACGUAGUGGCCAUGGGUGUCAGUGACAAAAGGGACAUCUCUCGCUUUUUAGAGUGCAACCCAGUGAUGAUAGAUGCGAAGGAAGUGUCUGCUGCCCAUCGUGCCCGCUACUUCUGGGGAAACCUUCCUGGCAUGAACAGACCUCUGACUGCCAUGACCACUGACAAACUGGACCUACAAGACUGUCUUGAACAUGGCAGGACUGCAAAGUUUGAUAAAGUGAGGACCAUCACCACUCGGUCGAAUUCCAUAAAGCAGGGCAAAGAUCAGCACUUCCCUGUUUACAUGAAUGACAAAGAGGACAUCCUGUGGUGCACUGAGAUGGAGAGGGUAUUUGGCUUUCCCGUCCACUACACAGAUGUGUCCAACAUGAGUCGGUUGGCGAGGCAGAGGCUGCUAGGCCGCUCGUGGAGUGUCCCGGUCAUCCGUCACCUGUUUGCACCACUCAAAGAGUAUUUCGCCUGUGUGUGAAAGUCAGUGCAGUGAGGAGUCGAAAAUCCCAAACUGGUGUAUGAAAUAACAAGAGCCUUGUAUAUUAUUUACAACAUAAACAUCAAAGUAGGUAUUUCACGGUAUUUCUUUUGUUUUGUUUUAAUAUUUGACUCUUUUUUUAUUCUAUUUAAUUGUUUUUUUGUUAAUUCAUUUUACUUUUUAGCAGUGUUAUCCAGAAUUUGAAUUGAUUUAUGUGUGCAAGCUAUACUUGAGAUGGGGCCUCCUACCAAGGCAUUGAGAGACAAAACAUGGGAGCAAGUGAUGGAAAAAAAUAGUAGAUUGUUCAUUUCACCAUCGUAAGUUAUGGAAAGUCUGAGUUAGUGACUUCAGUAAUCGGGCUAGGUUGGGCUACAGGUCAAACGGGCUGCUUGAAUGCUCGCCUUUCCUUUCCUCUGAGCAACUGAGCCUUUGGCGAGAGCAAAAAAAAAAAAAUCCACACAAAAAUGGUGUCUUUCUCUUCCAUGUCAGGGGAGCUCUGUCUUAACCAAUCCAAAACACCACGUCACAAAUACCUCUUUGUUUACGGUUUCUAUACACAAUGGUAAUAAAAGGUACUACUGUAAUAGGUGACAAUAUGGUGCUUCAAGGUGGUGAAAAACAUUGCAACUCAUGUGGUGCUACUACUUCAGACUAGAUGUGGUCACCUUUAGACCAUUAGCCAGGUUUAAAAAAAAAUCAGAAAGUGACUCUAAACAAGGAUUUGUCAAGCCAGGUCUGCCACAUCUCAUUUUGUAUCUUUUACAGCCUUUUUUUACAAUACCUUACUGGUGCUCUAUGUAAACCUCAGCCUUGCAGUCACUGAGGUCAGUUUCCUGCGUCCGUGCACACACAAAACCUGCUGGCCUGCCACAUGGGCCGUGAUGUUUUUUUUCUCCUCUAUACCUUGAGAUAGAAGGCUGUGUUGAGCUACUUUUUUUUCCUAGCGUCACACAGGCCGGAAUCAUUACUGUACAACUCUUAGCAUGCGUGGCGGUCGCAGGGAGGGCGGUGUUGGGUUUGCUCCUGGCCUGCUGUACCCCUCUCUACAGUGCCUCUCGCAGGCUAUCCUCAGUCAGGUGCAACACUUUUAAAAAUGGUGCGGCUUCACAAUGUUCUUCUACCUUUUUAUAGCUAAUUGUUUUGUGCUGUGUUACCAACAAUAUCAAGCACUUUUGUAUAUGUAUACUUCUUUUUAUUUUCGUUGAUAUUUUUUGAAUAUUUCUUCUUGACUCUUGUGAAUCAUUUUUUUUUUUUUAAAUUUGUUAUGUUCUAUGAUGUGAAAUGCUCUUAGCAUUAUAUAUAUGAGGUAGUUCUUUUUAUUUCUGUACAGUAGGGCUGUGCCAAUAGAUGUGAAAGAAUGGGUUAGUAGGAUAGGGGGAUAUUCACCUGUCACUCUGGUGAAUAGGCUAAAUGAAAAAAAAAAAAAAAGCCACCCUUUCCCACGUCCUCAUCUGCUACAGUGAUAUUUCGUCAUAAUCCACGUUAGGAAAGUUACUGUCUGCUCUCAGUGUAGUGCGUAUAUGAGCCGUACAGUAAGUAUGUUCUCUAGAUAUCCGUCAGGUCAUUUCUUUCCUAACGCUUAACUGAUGCUUCUCUCGUGUCCUCAUUAGUGAUGUUUAGUUUCUCCCUCUAAUCCACCGCUUUAUAUCCUGGUCAGGGUCGCGGUGAAUCCGGAUCCUAUCCCGGGAACACUGCGGUGGCCAGUUUAUAUCAGUUGAAAUCAAGACUGUGUGUGCAAGGGUAAAAUCUACCUGUCAGUCAGUGCUGAAUUUAUAUUAUCAUAGCCCUAUAUUAUCAUUAAGUUUUGGGAGUUUGUGAAUUUGUUUAGAAUUAUAGAAAAAGUCUGUGCAUUUAAAUUAUUCUAUUUAGUACAGAUUUGGAAAUUGGCCACUUGUCAUAAGACAUACUAUAGAAACAAAUUAGAUUUUUUUUUUUUAAUUGAAGGCAUUAUACUGUAUACAUACCUUGAUCUUUUUUCGUUUUCCUUAGUUACUCCUUAUGUAUGUUCUAAAUGAUAUCGAUGCCCAUAUUUUUUGUACAUUUUGUACAUAGAAUAUGUUUGUUGCUGUGUUCGUUUUAAAAUUACCUAUGAGAUGUACAAAUAUAAUUCUGUGCUAAUAUAUAUCAUGGAAUCGAAAGUCUCACAUUGUGAAGAGAGGGGUAAUUAACAUAACUGCAACCUUAAAAAUUGACAUAAGCUAUGGAGCAGUGGGGUGGGAGGACUUUUGGUAUUACAUAUUUGUAUGUCAUGCGUUGAAUAGGGAAAGUAAAAGAAUGAUUUUAACAGUAGAUGGACACUUCCGUCUUUACUGCACAGCCCUACAUACAAAUCAAGUCUCUUUAAUUUGCAUUUAAUUCUUUUAUAAAUACUAAAAGGGGGAUUGUAGGUGUUUCCUAAGGUGCUAAACAUUUUAUCAAAUUGAAAAUUAUGUAUUAUUUGGACAAACUUGUCUCGACAAUGACUGUUUUUAUGUUUCUUUUAGUAUUGGAAAAGCACUAUUAUUUUACUCUCUCAUAUAAAUAUAUUAACAAAGGCAUUUUAACUUUGUACUUGAAAAAAAAUGAUGAAAAGAUUCUUAUAUUGUUUUAGAAUAGAUCUUGCUGUAGUUGGUGCUUAUCUGUGGGAAAAUCAUGUACUCAUAUUGGGAAGUAAGAAAAGAAUUGUAAUCAAUCGAUCUUGCUGUUAACAUGUACUUGCUUAUUAUCCAGGCAACAUUGUUUUUUAAGUCCUACAUUCCGUGGCAUAUAUCCAGCCCUCCAUCUUUUUUUUUUUUUUUUUUUUAUUAUUAAGAUCAGUGUUUAUUUUAUAUAUUUUUGGCUUUGGUGGCCUAUUUGUUUGCUCUUGUAACAAUUUCCUGUAUAUCCUCAGUAUAUACAGUUAGGUCCGGAAGUAUUUGGACAGUGAUGGAGUUUUUGUGAUUUUUGCCUUUUACACCACCAAAAUGGAUUUGAAAUAAAACAAUCAAGAUGUGAUCGAAGUGUAGACUUUCAGCUUUAUUUUAAGAGGUUCCACAAAAAUAUGGCAUUUACCAUUUAGGAAUUACAGCCAUUUUAAGCAAAGUAUUCCAUUUUCAGGGGCUCAAAGGUAUUUGGACAAAGUGACAUAAUUGUAAAUAUAACUAUCUCCUGACUGGAGAUGCUUUGCCAGGCCUUCACUGCAGCCACCUUCAGUUGCUGCUUGUUUGUGGGUCUUUCUGCCUUCAGUCUUGUCUUCAGUAAGUGAAAAGCAUGCUCUAUUGGGUUGACUUGGCCAUUGAAGAAUAUUCCAUUUCUUUGCCUUCAAAAAGUCUUGAGUCGCUUUCGAAGCAUGUUUAGGGUCAUUAUCCACCUGCACUGUGAAGCGGUGUCCUAUUGGUUUUGUAGCAUUUGGCUGAAUGUGAGCAGAGAGUAUAGCCCUAUACACCUCAGAAUUCAUCUUGCUACUUCUGUCAGCAGUCACAUCAUCAAUAAACACCAGUGAGCCCGUUCCAUUGGCAGCCAUACAUGCCCAUGCCAUAACACUGCCUCCACCAUGUUUGACACAUGAUGUGGUAUACUUUGGAUCAUGAGCUUUUCCUUUUUUCACCAUACUUUUCUCUUCCCAUCAUUCUGGUACAAGUUAAUCUUGGUUUCAUCAGUCCAAAGAAUCUUAUUCCAGAACAUGGGAGGCUUUUUUAGAUGUUUUCUGGCAAAGUCUAAUCUGGCUUACCUGUUCUUGAAUGUUACCAGGGGUUUGCACCUUGUUGCAAACCCUCUGUAUUUACAUUCAUGAAGGUGUCUCUUGAUUGUAGAUUGUAGUAUUCUUGACUUCUGUUGAUGUUGUGAAGGGGUUUUUCUUCACCAAGGAAAGGAUUCUGUGAUCAUUCACUUUAGCUGUCUUCUGUGGUCUUCCAGGCCUUUCGGUGUUGCUGAGCUCACCAGUGCUUUCUUUCUUUUUAAUAAUGUACCCAACUGUUGAUUUGGCCUCUCUUAAAGUUUUUUCUAUCUCCCUGAUAAGUCUCUUUUGUUUUUUCAUCCUAAUGAUGGCCUCCUUCCCUUGCAAUGAGAUCUCCUUGGACUUCAUAUUGGUAGCUCCAGUCGAACAGCUGCCAAAUGCCAACUCAAUACCUGAUAUCAACUCCAGACCUUUUAUCUGCUUCAUUUGUCUUGAAGUAACGAGGGAAUGGACCACACCUGGUCAAUUAACUUCUUGUCAGUCAAUUGUCCAAAUACCUUUGAGCCCCUGAAAAUGGAAGUACUUUGCUUAAAAUGGCUGUAAUUCCUGAAUGGUAAAUGCCAUAUUUUUGUAACCUCUUAAAAUAAAGCUGAAAGUCUACACUUCAAUCACAUCUUGAUUGUUUUAUUUCAAAUCCAUUGUGAUGGUGUAUAAAGGCAAAAUCACAAAAACUCUGUCAUUGUCCAAAUACUUCCGGACCUGACUGUAUAUACAUAUAUAUAUAUAUAUAUAUAUAUAUAUAUGUAUGUGUAUUUAUAUAUACUCACUGUCCACUUUAAUAGGAACACCUGUACACCUGCUUAUUUAUACAGUUAUCCAAACGUUCACUCAUUUGGCAGCAGCGCAAUGCAUAAAAUCAUGCAGAUGCAGGUCAAGAGUUUCAGUUAAUGUUCAGAUCAAAAAUGAAAAUGGGGAAAAAAUGUGAUCUCUGUGACUUUAACCUUGGCAUGACUGUUGGUACCAGAUGGGCUGGUUUGAGUAUUUCAGAAAUGGCUGAUUUUCACACACAACAGUCUGUAGUGUUUACACAGAAUGGUGUGAAAAACAAAAACGUUGUGUGAGCUGAGGGUCUGCAGGCUGAAACACCUUGGUGAUGAGAGAAAUCAGAGGAGAAGGACCAGACAGUUUUAGCUGAUAGGAAGACUAUAGUAACUCAAAUAAUCACUCUUUACAACAGUGGUGAGCAGAAAAGCAUCCCAGAAUGCACGACACAUCAAACUUUGAGGUGGAUGGGCUACAACAGCAGAAGACCACAUCAGAUUCCACUCCUGUCAGCCAAGAACAAGAAUCUGAGGCUGUCAUGGGCACAGACUCACCAAAACUGGACAGUUGAAGACUGCAAAAAGACUGGAUUUGUUUCUCAUUUUCAACUGUUCAGUUUCGGUGCACCAGCAACCAUGCCAUGAUCAAAAUCACAGAGAUUACACGUUUUCUUCAUUCUGAUGUUUAAUGUAAACAUUAACUGAAGCUCUUGACCUGUAUCUGCAUGAUUUUAUGCAUUGUGCUGCUGCCACUUGAUUGGCUGAUUAGGAUUAGAUAACUGCAUAAAUGAACAGGUGUACAGGUGUUCCUACUAAAGUGGAUGGUGAGCAUGUAUAUAUAUAUAUAUAUAUAUAUAUAUAUAUAUAUAUAUAUAUAUAUAUAUAUAUACACACACAUAUAUAUAUAUAUAUACACAAACACACACACACCCAGUGUCCUCCAGAGUUAUUGGCACCAUAAAUAUGAGCAAAAAUGAGAAAAUAAACAUUACACACAAUAAUAUUCCAUUUUUCCUCUUAAACAAUAGGAUUAUUUAUCUUUGUUCAAACAAAAAAUUAAUCUCAUUGGAACUAUUUUUUUAAAUAAUAAUAUUUCAUAUAAAAAUAUGUGCCACAAUUAUUGACAGCCCCAAGGAAUGUUUUAAUAAAUGCAAAAAAAAAUUCUUGAAAAACCUAUAUUAUUUUUCAUUUGCUCUCAGUCCCCAGGAACUGUGUUGUUGCCUUUAACCAGGUCUUGUUUCUCUGGGAGACACAAAAGAGACAGAUGUUUGUUAACCCAGACAAAUCAGGUAUGGAUAUAAAAAUACAUAAGCAGUUAAAAAAUACCAUGAAGCACAGCUGGGGCCAGAACAAAAAGUUUUACAUGUCUGAAACAGUUGAACAUUUGCCAAGAUUUGGACCCAUGGGCAUUGGAUCAUUGAUGCUUUGGGGCAGUUUUAUGAUCCAUGGGUUAGGGGAACUAGCAAAGAGUGACAUCAUGAAUUCUGCUAAGUAUCAGGAUAUUUCAGUCCAAAUCCUGGUUGCCUCUGCCAGGAAAGGAAAAUUGAAGGAAACCCUUCAAAUGUUCUGCAUGGAGGAGUGUCCCAGGUCCCUCCACAAGUGUCAGACGUUACACAGUCACAGUGCUGUUAUUCUCUCGAGGCCAGGCAUCACAACAUAUUCAUUGUAAGGGUGCUGAUAAUUUUCAAGCUGGUGUUUUGUAGAAACAAACUGGACUACUUCAAAUUUUUAUCUAAGUCUGUAUGUUUAAGCUCAAAAUAUUGCACAUGAUUUUUUUUAUAUAUUAAUGUUUGCUCAUUUUCAUGAGUAGUGCCAAUGAUUCUGGAGAGCACUGUAUAUUAUUCCUCAGUGACACUGUUAAUUAGUGUGACCUCUUCUGUGUCAUAACUGUUUUCAAGCCUUCUCUCAUUUUGAGAUCAGCUCAUACAGCAGAUGUAGCAGUCCUUCUCCACCUCUACUCCCUCUCUCUUGUUUUGUGCCCAGAACUAAGAAAAAAGGCUCCUUAUGUACUUGUGCUGGAGAACACUUGAAUAAAUGUAUUGUUUUUUGUGCAAAAAGCA